AAACACCGAUCUGAGUAAUCAGGUUAAUCAACUUUGACCUUUGGUCUAGAUUAAUGUGAUCUGUUAAGUCCGCCAUUUUGAGCCGUGCGAGGGUGUCUUUCCUAUUCAAUUUGAGGAGACCAUUUUCAACUUACUUUUACCAUUUAUCAACUCUGGACAAUUUUGAUAGACAGGACAAAAAAAUGGAUGAGCCAAGCACCUCUACUACUACAAGUAGACAAUCUGGGAAUGAGACAACAAGCAGCGAGGACAGAGGGACGUUUCAUUUACCUGACGGAGACACAAGCAUCGUGAAAUCCACAGCGCCCGACAAGGAAACUUCGCCACAGGCCCAUACAGGACACAAGGACACGCCUAAAGCACAAGACGUUAUAAAAUCACCCAAUGGACAUGUUUGUGGUGAGUGUGGGUACAGGGCGGCCCAUAGAGCUCACCUUGUCGUGCAUAUGAGAAAACAUACAGGAGAGAGACCCUUUAAAUGUGACCAGUGUGACUAUUCUGCCGCAUACAAGGGCAGUUUAAAUCAGCACAAGUUGAGACACACUGGGGAAAAACCUUUCAAGUGUGAUCAGUGUGAUUAUUCUGCUACACAAAAGGGCACUUUAGAUCUGCACAAGGUCACACAUACCGGAGACAAACCCCACAUGUGCUGGAUGUGCGGACACAGGACAGCCAACAGGUCUCACCUCAUUAUACAUCUUAGAAAACACACAGGUGAGAAACCUUACAAAUGUGACCAAUGUGACUAUUCAACCGCACAGAAGGCCAGUUUGGAUAAGCAUUUGUUUAAACACAAUGGGGAAAAGCCCUACAUGUGCGGGGAGUGCGGAUACAGAACGAUAAAUAAGUCUAUGCUAUCAGUGCAUAUGAGAAAACAUACAGGAGAAAGACCAUAUAAGUGUGACAAGUGCGACUAUUCUGCUGCACGGAAAAGUACGUUGGAACAACAUGACAUGGCGAAACACACUGGUGAGAAGCCUUACGUGUGUGGGGAGUGCGGAUACCGGACGCCUAAGAAAAGUAAGCUAACUGCCCAUAUGAAAAGACAUAGGUGUGACAAAAAGUCUGCAGCUUCUACCACUGCGGAUAGUUCGCACCAGUCAAAUUAAAUAUAGUUCGCCUCGUCGCAAAGUAAUAUAUUAUUAUUAGAUUUAUUAGGUGAAACAUUUAAAAAUGUUCAUGUAGAUAAGUUAUCCCAUGCACACAUGCUACGUCCAUGUCUUACUAGUAAGGCCAUGUUGAUUUGAUUAUAUGGAUGACAUCCGCGCGCGCAUGAAUUUUCGG